AUGGCCAAAACAGAAAAGGCAUCUAAAGCGAUUUCUGAUAUUAGCCUCGAAGUUGAUAGGCUCGGAGGACGUGUUUCGGCGUUUGAGAUGGUUAUUAAAAAAGGAGGGAAAGUUGCAGAGAAAGAUCUUGCAAAGGUGAUUGAGUUGUUGAUGAAUGAGUUGAUCAAGCUGGAUGGGAUUGUAGCUGAAGGAGAUGUGAAGUUACAAAGAAAGAUGCAGGUGAAGAGAGUGCAGAACAAUAUGGAAGCACUUGAUGUUUUGAAGGUGAAGAACUCUAUUGCCAAUGGGCAGCAGAAACAGUCUAGUAGUCAGAGACUUGCAACAAUUCAAAAACGUAGGCAAGAAAAGAAACCGACACAAUCGCUUAUGGACAUGGGAAAAAAGAAGAAAUCUGUAAAUGCGUUGCCCAUUGCCAAAGGUUGUGAAGUAGAAGUCACUUCAGAAAAAGAAAUGUUCAAAGUUUCUUGGCAUAUAGCUAUCCUGCAGCAAAGUCCGAUGAAAGUGAAAGGGGAAAGCUUCGGGUCUGCUAUACAACUUUGCUGGACAAGGAUAGUUUAA